CCGAUGGAGUUUUGCCCGACAUGCUCAAGCCUGCUGCUGGUGGAGCACGCUGGCAGGCUGAGAUACUUUUGCCCCACCUGUGCAUACAUUUUCGGCGUGGACCUCAAGAUCAGCAAGCCGAUCCCUCUCAAGAACAAGGAGGUUGACGACGUUAUGGGGGGAGAAGACGCAUGGAAGAAUUGCGAUCGCACACCAGUUACCUGUGCCAAGUGCAACUAUGGGCAUGCUUACUUUAUGCUGGUCCAGAUCAGAUCGGCGGACGAGCCAAGCACAGCCUUUUACAGGUGCGGCAAUCCAAACUGCUCGUUCCGGUGGAGAGAAGACUAAACUUAUUCUCAAAAAA